UCGCUACUAGAGAUGGGUCGUUGACGGUAUUAGCGUGAACGAAACUAGACCGUUCAUUUUCGUUCAUCGACUAGUCGAUGAACCGGUUCAAAAUAUAGACGGUUCACGGUCUCGUACAUUAUGAACGAUGGGUCGUGUCGACAAGCGAGCGACUGACGCGACGCGACGUCGAGUGGACUGAAUGUAAUACAUUGAUUGUACUAUGUAAACAGUUCUGCGUUCGAUGUACCUGCCUAUUGCACUGGUUAUUGUAAUUAGAGAAACCAUCGUUUCUUGAUCUUCCCUUCAUACUUUUUCCAGGCUUAGGACUGGCUGAAUAAAAUUCAGGCGUAUUUAGAAGAUCAACUGAUUUUAUUUACAUUGAUUGAUUGAUUGUUUCCUUUUUUUAUAUAUUUUUUUUAAAUUUUUGUCUUUUUUAUUUUUUUUAUAUAUUUUGUUUUUAUUUUCAUAUAUUUUUCUUACUUUUUUUAAUUUGUUUAUUAUUUACAAUCAAAUCAAUUCUUCAUGUAUACAUAUAUUAUUUGGUUUCAAAGCCCUUAAACCUUUCAUUUGUAGAAUUGACAUUUAUGAACAUUAUUUGUUCUACUUUACUGGUGGUUAAUCUUGUGCGUCUUUCAUUUAAGAUAAGUCCAGUUUUAGAAAACAUCCGCUCGCAAGGAACGGAUGUGGCCACUAUGUUGCACUGCGUAACAUAUAUCCUUUUUAAAUUAGGGUACACAUAUUGGUGUUGUUUCCACCAUUCCAGAGGGCAUGUUAAAUUACCUGCCUGAUCUUUCCGUGGCAACAACUCAUCGGAAAGGUACAUGUCAACUUCCUUUAUCGCUCUCGAAAGUGGCGUUCCUUGAGCAACGCUCGUUGCUACCAUCUUGUCAAAUAUUUUCCAUGGGCUAAACUCUUCAUCGUGAUCGGUUUCUGUUGUUUCGGGAGUAACUGUAGGUGUUGCAGCGUUUUCUGACAUACUGAUCAUAGAGGCCACUAAUUUUCGGACCUUUUCUUUAGUUUUCAUGGCUUCGUUGGCGUCCGAAAAGCCCUGCAUUUUGAAACGCGGAUCCAUGAAUGUGGCCAAAGCAAAUGUUCCACUUUGUUCAAUUAAUUUGAACCGCUCUGCUAAACCUCGCUGAAGAAGCAGUACAGUAUCGCGUGCGUCUGAUACCAGAUCAGAACGGUCUAGCAGCUUCUGACAUGCUUCUUUUAAGCAUCGUGUGACAAUAAUAACCGAACUUCCUGUUAUGUAUUUUUCUCCGCUCAUGGAAGAAGUUAUUUCUUCAAAGGGGCGCAAUAUUUGACACAGUUGUUUAUACAAAGUCCAGUCAUCAGGAUUAAUGACUGGAAGAUGUCUAUCGAAGAAACCCAACGUUGCCCGCAUAGCAUCUUCCAGCUCCACGAAACGCUUUAACAUGAAAUAUGUGGAAUUCCACCGAGUCUCAACUGCUUGGAUUAAACGUUUAGGUUCUAAUCCUAAUUGAGCCUGGUAUUUUUGUAGCCUUUCUGAUGAGACAGUGCUUUUUUUCACAUGUGCUACUACACGUUUAACCUUGUCAAUCUGUGGCUUUAUUUGAUGCAGUGCACUCUCGACCACUAAAUUAAGGCUAUGAGCAUAACAGCCAAAGUGCUUCCAGCCUAAAUUUUCUUUGACUGCCUUGACAACGUUGGCUGCGUUGUCUGUAACCAUGAAAUUAACUUUAUGUUUUAAAUCAUAUUUAUUUAUUAUUUUCUCAAUUUCAAAGGCGAUAUUUUCUGACGUAUGAUGACCUUCAAAAUGACAACAACCUAGAAGUACAGUCUUAAAUUCUAGGUAAUCCGUCAGGUAGUGCCCGGUCAGUGCGAGAUAGCUCUCAGUUUUCAAUGACGUCCACAUGUCGGCAGUUAAACAAAUGCUGUGGACUUCUUUUUUUAAUUGAUUUUGAACAGUAUCAAAAAGCUUUGUAUAAGUUUCCUGCAUUAUGGAGUUGGAUAGUGUUUUUCUGGUGGGCAGUUGGUAACCGGGUAUCCACCGGCAGAAUUUACGGAAUGCACGCUCCUCAACGAUGGAAAAUGGAUGAAAACUGUCCACACAAAGAUCUAAUAAAUCAUGAUUUAUUUGUUUUUUUUGUUCAUUACUUAUCUUCUUAUUUAGAUAAGUAUCCAUAAUUUUUUGGCGUUUUGCAAGAGACUCCACUUUAUCCUGAACAUGGGUACUGGUACUGGUGCUGGCGGUGCUAGUGCUAGGUACGCUACAUGUCGAACUCGCACCCAAGUCACCCAAUACAUCCGCUUGUUGCACAGUCAGGUUUGCUGGCGGUUGAUUUAUUAACUGGAGUCCGGAGAAAACGGAAAUAUGUUUUCGUUUAAGGUGACUUUUUAAAUUUGCGGUAGAAGAUUUGUAUGCAAGUUUUUCCUUGCACACAUUACAAAUUGCUUUCCCGCUAGCAGCAUCUUUUUCAAAAUGGUGCCACAAUUCGCUUCGGCCUGACAUUAUUUCUAGGUAUGUCCUUUUAUUUUACACUGUAAUAUAACUAUUACCCUAAUAUCUAAAUAUACACUACACUAAUUUACUACUGGUCUUCAGAGUGGAAAUGAUCACAGGGCGGGACAGGGGUUUCAAUAACGCCACGGAUUUUAGCACACAAACGUAUAAUUAUCGGCUCAAAGGUUCAGUCAACAGUUAACACUUGCCACACUACACUAUGUAACAAUGUUCCUUAAUAAAAACUUGCCCAAAACAUUGAAAACAAACAAUAAUAAAGAUUUUUGGCGCGACACGCGAUCGUAUGUCGGAUCGUCGGACUGUUACCGGACUCAUUCGUUCAGCUUCGGCGCUGCUCGGGUUCGUUCGGUCGCGCGGCCGGCGGAGACUGACGGGGCGCGCGGGGAUACCCGAACGUUAGUUGCUAACCGAAUGAUAUUUUUUGAAUGUCGCGCGCUACACUAUUUAUUUACAGUUACAGAGUACACACGAAAUUAAUGCAAAGCAAAGUUCACUAUACGCACAAGCUUCGAUCAACAAGACGAAUACGACUAGAUAAAAAACAAAAAUAAAAUACGUCGCUCGCAUUGCAAAUGUAGAUGUUUACAUGCGUGUGCACGUUUCUUAGAAAAAUCGCUACAUUUCCUAGAAAAACGUUGCCAUUUGAGUGACGUAUUUUUGUUCCAUAUCUAGUCGUAUGGUUGAUCGAACCGAAAACUUCAGUUUAUUAUAAACCUUAAUGCUUGAAGAUAAAGUUUAAUUAAUUAGUUUUACAAAAAAUAUUAUUUAAGUCCUUUUUUUAGAGGUACGAGCUCGAAAUUUAAAAUUUCGCUUGAAAAUAAAAAGUCAUUAGUAUAGAAAUGUUUAUUUGAAAAUGAAACUUAACCUCUAAGUAAUAAAAUUAAAAACUUUUUGUUUACAAUUAUUGUGUGCUUAUCUGUCGUAGUUCUUGGUAUUAGGCGUCCAUGGUAUUUUAGGUAUUAGUAUUGUCCGUCGCGUCGUCGACUCAUCGGAAGUUGUCUACGCAUUGAACUAGUCUAUCCGACAGACGUGAACAGUUGAUACGUUCAUGGACCGUCGACCGGUCUAUUGGACCAGUCCGUUCAUUCAACGCCCACCACUAGUCGCUACUCGCAGCGCGGUUCGUGCAAUACGUUCAUCUAGGUUGUAGUCGGUAGUCGUGUCCACGGCGCCCAUCGAAUCGCACGCGCGGCUCUCCUUAGAACCGGCCGGCUCCCGAAUAAUGUUUCAGUGCUUGACAAACUCAAUCGGAGGUCUCGGAAGAAGUAUCGUAUUUAAUAAUUUACACUGUAUAACCGAUCGCAUAUUCUCAGUGAGUGUUACGCAGUGUGUACGGAAAAAACUUUGUCGAAGAUUCUGAAGAAUCUUGUGUAAAAUUGUGUAAUACACCGGCUGCCGCCGGAUUGCGUUUUGCACAAAACUUUUUGACUGCGUGCGUUGUCCUCAUCGCGCGCAUCUUCCCUGUGAUAAGAGGGUCCUGUGAUAUCGACGAGUUCGACUUAGCUUUAAAAUUAGUUAGUGUUUAGAAAUAUAGAAUUAAAAAUGUCGCCACCGUUAGACUCAUUCGUUCAAUUUGACAUCUGGGAAGCCUUGGACGAAGACUCUGUUCGGUUGACACAGACUUCAGAAUUCUGGACUCAAGUUCAAUAUGAAGCAGAUGGAUUGGACAUACUCCCUCCAGCCAACUUUUCAGACCCGCUACAAGAAAGCGAUGAAGACUGGAGGGUAAUGGAAACACAAGAGGAAGAAGAACCACACAAAGAAAAUAUUGUACACCAUGAUUGUAUGUGGGCUGGCUCUUGUGCAGAUUUAGUACAUCCAGGAAAUACAUUUGUCCCCAGCGAUCCGACUACAACACCAACCACACCAGGACAAAGUCUUCUUCGAAGAGAUAUGUCUCCAUCAAGACCUGAAACUCCACCAUCAAUAGAUGGCGAUGAACCGCCACAGUUCCGUCAUUCGGUAGAUGUCGCUGGUACAGCUCUACGCCUCUUGAGAGACUCGGCUGUGGUAGCAGCCGACCAUUCCUAUACCCUGGCUCGGCGGCACUUGGACUACCUCGGCGUGCAAACACCCUCUGACUCAUGUGAAUCAGAGGAGGAAAUAGACGUGGUCUCGCUUGGUACGCAGCAGCCGUUGCCUCCAUCGCAAUCUCACGUCCGGACGGACACUCUGCCACGCGUGCCCUCUGCGCAGGAGCGCCAACACAUACAGCGCACCGUAGAGACUGCGAUCACGCCGCGCUCGCCGCGGCCUGCAGCCAGGAAGCGUCUAGUACCGCCGCCAAGUAUAGUGGCUGCGUCGUCUCGUCGCCGCGCCCGAGGUCCUGGCCGCCGUGGACGCCGCUCCAACACUGAUACUGACUCUGAAGCGGAAUCACCUGAGAUCGAACGCCGCUCCAUCCACAAUGACAUGGAGAGACUACGACGCAUUGGUCUCAAGAAUCUGUUUGAUGAACUCAAAAAACAGAUCCCGGCCACUAAAGACAAAGAGCGCGCGCCUAAAGUUGUCAUACUGCGAGAAGCGGCCGCGCUCUGCAAAAAACUUAACUAUGAAGACAUCGAGAGGGAAAAGCUGAGGAAGAAGCAACUCCAACUUGUGACGAAGUUGAAAAAACUACGCUCUGCGCUCUCAUCGCGCUACGGACGAAACUGAGCGCGCCGCGCUACUGACUGGUAAUCAAUUUGUUCCAACCGAGGGACUGUACAUAGCCCACUCGACUGGACACUUAUGGACUGUCAACUUUUUAUGUAAGUCGCGCUUCUCAACGCUCUAGUGAACGUUAGGAACAGUUUAUCCACGAUGUGGUAGCACACUUGCGACCCCGUCCGUUCGGCCGGUAACUCCCUUGCCGUUUUGAUUGCAAAAAUGUUUUCAGUCGAGUCGGUGUUCGGGAGUUUGUUAUAUUUCAAAGAAAUUCAGCUUUUACGGCUUACUCUGCUUCUGGCAAGGUCUCGGGAGUAUAAUUGUGACACUAACCGCCAGGUUUGUUUUGCUCAAAACGAUAUUUUGCAGUGCCAAAGUGAGCCAUAAAACUGUUGUUAACGACAAAUCCUAGGUCUUCAGUAAAAUAUCUUAAUAGUUACAGACUGCUUCGUGAACUAGUAGACUGGUUUAUACCUCUAAAAUGUUUUUUGAAUUUAUCAUUAAAGUAUACAUAGUUGAAAUAGCACAUACAGAUUUACUCAGUGUUGACAGAUCGAAAAUGAUAUGACAUUUGUUAAAAUAUUGUUUCGAGACGUUGAUAUGAAGAUUUUUUACUGGACCUUCCAUUAAAUAGUUAAGUAUUUUAAAGGAGCAUGAAUUUGUCAGUGCUGUAAAUAUAAUGAGAUCGUGCAGGUAGUUGAAAGCUUUGUCAGAGGUGGUCAAGCGCUUGUGAGCAGACUGGAGAUGUAUGGCCACUAUAUAUGUUUUCGGCCCGAUUCGCAGGAUUUUCAAUUUUAACCUUUGACUCGCAUGAGUGAGGUAUGUGAAGUGAUACAUCAAUUACUAUUACUUUUAAUUGCUUUAAGUAAACUAUUAUUUUAACUGCUUUAAGUAAAUUGCAUUUUAGGAUAGGCGAGCUUGUUUAAUUAGUUUAUUUUUGUUAUUUUGUAAAUUUUUAACACUUAUUGUUUUUUACGUUAGAAAUGCCCUAUUAACUCGGUACCAAUCUUCGUUAAUUUGGAAUCGUUUGAUAAAUUUUGGGUCGUUUUAAAUCGAUAAUGUUUUGUACAAUAAUAGAAUGAUUCACACACAGCUUCCAUUAUGAGAUGAUUCAUACGAUUUUAUGUGUAAUGUAUAUGCAAUUUUAUAUCAUGAUAAACUACAUCGACGAUAGCAUGCGAUUGUGGUAACGGCUUUCUAAAGCGACUUUUUAAUAAGAAGUAACUACAUAGUGCCCUUUGGGGGCUUCUAUCCUUUUGAUAGCGUUUUAAAUGCGAACCAUUCGCGAAGAUUUUAUUUUCUUGAUGUUGAAAUUAGACCGUUCCUGUUCUUUGUUCACUAUCGCGUCUUGGUACGGAUUUAUGUUCACAACGGUACUCAUUAAAAUACUCUGGCAGCCUUUAUACUUAUUACCACAUUGCUCUGGUACAUUCUCAUAGUAUAGUAUUUUCGAAGAUUUCUCCAUUAAUAAAUAUCACGGCAAUGAGCACGCUCCCCAAUUACAUGGGGCCUAUUCUAGCCUAACAGCCUCUUCUUUCGGGGAAUGAGCGGCUUUUUGUCAUGUUUCGUAAAUAUUUAACUUUGAUUUGUUAAAAUAGUUGUGGACAGACCAUUUGUACCUACGUGUGAACGGAACAGACACAUGAGCUUGCUAUCCGACAGUGUAGUUUCCCUUCAUUUUACGAUCAUCGUACCUUAUUAUAAUUAUAAACAUUAUUAUAAUGUUAAGCCGUUUAGAAUAUUGAAAUCAAUAUUAAAUCAUUCACAUGUUGGGAUUACAAUAGAAACACCAUAUUUCAUAUGAUUUAUGACAUUAAGGUAAUAUGUUUUUAUGUAAAUUGUAUAAUCUCAGCGACAGUCAUCGAUUCGUAAGAAAUUAAUAGACUGUGUAUUUUGAUAAUAACAUCAAGUCUUAUAUACCAUAUAAUAUGACGGUCCGAAGAGGAUCGAUUAAAAAAAUAACCAAGACAUAGUUCCUCAUAGUACCUACUAAUAGUAAAUUUUGCAUUUUUUUUCUUUAUAUUUUUUUAUUAAUGCAGGUAAGUUAGUAAAGUACUCGCAAUAGUUGGUUUUUACUGAAUAUCACAACCUGAUCAGAAUAAUAAAGCGCCAAAAUUGUGCAGAAGUGAACUCGAGCCGGUGUUGAUUGUUUCGGUGUAGCUGCGACUUUAUUCUACUGGUCAGGUUGCCGAAGGUUGAUGUUUUAUCAAGCACAGGUCAGCGACGUGAGUGUGAAGGCUUUAAUUGUGUGAGGAAUGUGCCUUGCUAUGUUCAUGUAUAUAUAUAUAUUAGGUUUAUACUCGAAUUAGUUGCAAGACAUAUUUUUUGUGAACGAUGUCUACGAUUAGAAUAGCGCUGUUCUAGGUAGUGUACAUACACAGACAAGAGUUAUUGAUAUUAAAGAAGUUUAUCUUAUCUUCCACUAGGUGAUUAAUUGUACAUACAAUUGUAAUGGUAAUACUAAGUAUAAUUAUACUUUGAUCAAUCUUUUUUUACUAACGAGUCUUUUUCCUAGUAAUCGUUUAGUUUUCUUAACUGGAGAGUUACGGAUCCUCGAAUGUUGUACCUGCAUUUAUUUUUUUUUUGUUAAUUCAUAUCUUGACAUAAUUAAAUAAAGAUAAUAAUGGUUUUAGUUAUCCAAAAUGUAAUCGGUUGCUUUGGUGAUAUGACCAGUGUAAUUAGACACUUAAGAAAAAGUCAGUAGUUAAAUGUUAAUAGUAAGAAAUGACAGCUUUAUAAAAAUCGGAGACAGAAUGUAAGUGUUGACAAGUGUAGGACGAGCACGUUAUUGUGAACACUAUUGUGACAAGGCACAUUUCCACCACUGCCAAAAUGGAAAGGAAUUAUUGAUAAGUUUAGGUUGAACUGUAUAUAGUUUAGGUCGGGUUAUAAAAUUAUAAGUCCUGUUAUAUGUAAAAGAUUUCCUUUUAUUCUUUGUGUAGUAUCCGUAUGUAAACACCUAGCCGCCGCCGGCAGCCCCCGGUGUAGUUAUUGUGACGAGAGGCCGCGAGCCGGCGGGGUGCGCGCGCGCCGUUACAGGGAAUGCAGGGCGCAACAUAGAUUCCGCCUAAUAUUAAUAUUGCACUCUGCAAUCUUUGAAGCGACGCUCUUAUGUCUAAGGACCUUUGUACUUAUACGACUAAUUUUUUGGGAUACUAUUGUAACACAGAGAUAGUUUUUUUUUGGUUUUGUUCCUUUAUGUGUAUGGAAACACUGAUACAUUGUAUUGCAUUGACUAUACAUAUUAAACGCUUACGUCGGAUCCGGAGAGAGCUUGGGAACAGUGGGCUAAUUAAUGUGAUUUUUAUACUUAUUCGCUGUAAUUUGGGAUAAAUAAAAUCAUUGUAUUGUAUAGUAUAGAUUCUGUGAUUAUGUACCUGUGGGGUACGUUUGGGUUUCCAUAGCCCUAUCUGGUCUGACUUAAUAAAAAAAAACAUUUGA